UACACACUACUUCCACAUAUCUCACUCACUCUACAUUUCACCAAAUCUUUGGCAAGCUUAACAAUGUCGUUUUUUAGAGAUCCUGAGUUGUUUCUAACGUACGAACCAACUCAGAUUAAAUUGCUGAAAAUUUUUACAAAAUUCGGCGACCCUUUUAAGUUUGGGGCAAUAGCUCCCAUAGGAGAAGUAAUGUUCUCUGUUCAUCUCUCUUCCGGGGAUAACAAAAUGAGCGAUUUCGAUACUUUCUUCGGCUACUUGAGUAGAAACCCAAACAAGUAUGUUAAUUGUCAAGGUUUGGUGAUCAAGUGGGCUUAUAACGACGUCGAGAGAAAGAAUGUUACUCAUACAUGGUCCGCUGAGAAACUAAACUUGUCACUUUUUGGUUUACCUGCAGCUCCGGUCGACGCUUGUGCUAAUGAGAAAGAAUUAGCUGCAAAAUUGGCUGCAGACGUCGAAGAACGGAAUCAAGACAAACAAGUACUUGAAAAAAGAAUUUCCGACUUGGAAACCACAAAUGCAGCUCUCACGGAUGAAGUGAAAAAGGUGGAGAAUGAGAAAAAUGAUCUUGUCAAAAAUCUUGAUGUGGAAAAAGCUGAGAAAUUAAUUCUACAGACAACUAUUGCUAGCCUAGAAGCAAAAUAUUCCACACUCCAAGAAAAAAUAAUAAGCGACUUAAGAGUUGAAAAUUCCAAACUAGAAGGUGAAGUCGACAGGAUAAAGAAUGAGAAGAACGGUCUUAUGAAAGAUCUAGAGGAAGAGAAGGCUAAAGUGUUAAUCCAAGAGAAGAUAAUAUCCGACUUAAAGGAAGAGAAUUCUACACUUGAACGGGAAGUCGAAAGAGUAAAGAAUGAGAAGGAGGCUGUGAUGAAAGAUCUAGAGGAAGAGAAGGCUAAAGUGUUAAUCCAAGAGAAAACAAUAUCCGACUUAAAAGAAGAGAAUUCUACACUCGGAGGUGAAGUCGAAAGAUUGAAGAAUGAGAAGGAGGCUGUAAUGAAAGAUCUUGAUGGUGAAAAGUCUAAUGGGUUAGCUUUAGAAAAAACAAUUUUGGAGCUAAAAGAUGAGAUUGCUGCACUGGAAGAUAAGAACAAAGAGUUGAAUGAAGAUCUGGAUAAAUGGACACAUGAAAUAUCACAUGUUCAUAGUAAACUCUCAAGAAAAAAAACCUAAAUAUGGAGUCAAAACUAAAACAAUGUUGUAGAUCAAGAGCUUCCGAUGAGUUGUCGACGUCCUUCAAUCAUCACUAAAGAACUUGUUAUGCAGCCCGAAGACUAUUCCGGUUGGGGUCAAAAGUCACCAUCUGAAGGAAUUUAUCACCAUUCCAUGCAUUCUUUUUAUAUCAAUUCACUUUUUCAAGAAUAGUUUUUUCAUAUCGUUUAUCGAGUUCGGUUGGUUAGUUU